CAAAGUCACAUUUUGCCAUCCACAACCCAAAAGUCUUCCAUCAGUCGGCACAUGAGAUAGUCCAUGUUUGUAUGAUGUCAUUCUUGAAUGUGAAUACAGCAAAGGGCUGACACGAGGAGAAAAGUGUCCACGAUGGAAGCGCGAGGCAGUGGGCACACCCUCUUAACAUCUACAACACUACAACGACAAAGAUGUCCGAACAAGUCGUACCCGCUGUGGUGCUCUUUUCAAUGGUAUCUCGCAUGUCUAGAAUGCCCGUACAACCGUGGACCAGGAGCAGGGAAUUCUACUGGGAAACAAGCACAUUCCUCGUCGAAAAUGUAUUAUUCCGUGUGCCAAGAUAUCAAUUCAUCGAGAACUCGGAGACGUUCAGAGCCAUGUUUACGUUGCCGCAAGCUGCGGCCGACACUGUCGAAGGCGAUACCGACGAUAAGCCUAUCCACCUGCAAGGUGUCAGUAAAGUAGACUUUGAAGCACUGCUCAAAUUCCUGUACCUUCAGAAUGGGCUAUUUCCAGACAAAAUAUCGCACGAGGAAUGGCUAUCGACCUUAAAGCUCUCGACGAUGUGGGAUAUGACCAAGAUACGCGAAACUGCUAUUGCAUACAUCAUGGAGCAUGAACUGGAGAUUGACGCGACGGAGCGAAUUUCACUGGGUAAUAUAUAUGAUAUACCGAAGCUGGUGAUUUCUGGAAUCAUCAGCCUGGUCAACCAAUGGGAAGGGGUGUCCGAAGAGCAGGCGAAGGUUCUUGGUUUGGAGAUGGCGCUGCGUAUACAGAGUAUACGAACUACACUACUGAGGAACAAGGGUGUUCCAGGUGUGUCUCCAGAACGCCAGGUGCGCGCUACGGCAAGAGAUGUGUUUCAUAGAGAAUGGCCCUUUUUGGAGCCGGUCGAAGAGGUCGAAGAAGUCCGUCGUAUGAAGGCAAAAGUUCGGGAGGAGCAUGUGUCGUGGUAGCUUUAGAAGGUCCAUUGGGACAUUGGGAACAUCAUCUACAAAGCUUUGUAUCCUUAGCCAAGUAUGAAAGCGAUGAUGGCCUUGGCCUAUCGAGGACAUGAUGCCUGUGCUGAGAUAUCGGUUAGGUGAGAAGAGAGACGCAGAAGUUUAUUCGACAGAACGCUGUAGUGGUAAAAGCACACGGUACGAUAGUCUUGGAACAUCAUUCUCAGUUCAAGUCGAAAUAUUCUUUAAAACGACUGGUAUAAUACUCACCAAUUGUGCA